CUCUUGGCGACGCCGAGCGGUGCUUGCGCGGAAGAUGUUCGGGAACGGCAUCCGCGAUCUACUGUCUCUGGAACUCCUAAACACGCGCGCGCACCACGGACCGCUCAGCAGUUUGCAGACCCCCUGGAAGUUUUUGAACAUGGACCACUACCAUGUUGCAGCGGCACCAGCUGUCGGAGGUGCCAGCUGCUCGAAUUCCACUGAACAAAAAGAAGGUCCUCUAUUGCCCCCUGGAAGAACAACAUCGAGCGGAGGUCAACAUCCCGCGCAUGAAGAUGAUCUCUAUUACGACGGUCGAAAGAACAGCAGCAGCAUUCUCGUACUAGGAUCUGAUCCUUACCUGGCCCGCCCCGCUGGUGCUGGCCCUGAUGAAAUGGUUUAUUCUACCCCGCCGUUUCUCCGCUCUUUUUCCAGUGCGUUGCGCACGGCGCGCUGCGACAUGCGGGGUCAUGGGUCAGUAUCCUCAUCGCAGUUCUCUUCUGCCGGAGCUGCUUCUACUCUACCUGGUGGCACGACUGAGAGCAGUUCUGGCGAGCAGCUGGUGUUUCCAGAGGCGCGAACGGAAAGGAAUCGAGAUCGACCGGGAAGAAGUACAGAACAACUCCCGAGAGACGAGGACUUGAACUUGAUGUCACCACAUGAAGAGGUCGAGCAGCACGAUAGAAGUGCCAGCUCAUUUUCUUCAAAACAGCCCUCCCGCACUUGCCGGACCGCUAGCGACGAAUGGCUGGAGAGAAACAAGACCGACCAAAAAACGCAGAACGCGCCCGACACGGUUCCCGGUGCCGGGAUUUACGCGGUGCUGUUGGCGCGAGGGAAAAUGCUAGAACUGGUCUUCGGCCCGGCGAUUGAUGCGGACUUGGCAAGAACCUUUUUGUACAAAAAGGAAAAAUCUUCAGGAGCAUCUGCAUCAAGAUCCAGAUCCAGCAAUGAAGUUGAAGCAACUUCUGUUGAAGAGAAGCAGCAUGGGGAUGUUGAUCCUGCUACUUCAUCAUCACAUCGACCUGCAAGAACUAGAGCUGCAUCGAGUUGCCUAGUCCCGCCGUUGAAAUUAAGGGAGCUGGUGACUAGUACCGGGUCGACCUCUAAUAGUUGUGACCUUCAAGCUGCGGGUACUCCAUGGCCUGAAAGAACCUCUCAGCCAUCGCAUCUGUCGUCUACGAGACCUUCUAGUAGAGGCACGCGCGACCUCUUGAGCGUCGUGUCUCUGGAGCAGCAGCCCGCAGCCUGCACACGACCCUUUCCUCGUCUAGGAUCUUCUUCGCAAAGCUUGUUGUGUGAGACAAAAGAUAAGACCUUACUCUCGACGACCUUUUCCAGCACCACCGAGCAGGAUAAGAAUGAACAAAAACGAUCCAACGAGCUGCCAAGAGCAAUGCCUGCAAGAGAUGUAGUACACAAUAACACCAGCGCUUUGGAAACCUUCGCAACGACAAGGGUCGAAUCUUCGAAAGGGGACGCGGCGUUAUCGUCGGGGACAUCAGCGGCUUCCAAGAAUAGCGGUGGGAGAGGAAGUAGGGUAUCCAACCCCAGAUUCAAACCGCAUUGGCUGGUCGCUCCGGAUUGGUCCAGAUCAUCGUCCUCGAAAAGCGCGUGGGAAGAAGAAACUACAGCUGCAACCGAUAUUAUUGGCGAUCAGCAGAUGGAAGCGAAUGAAAGCAGCGGGGGCGUCCAUGAGAAAAAAUACGACACCGAGGACGCGAAAGCGAAAGGAAGUACGAGACGAUGCAAAAAAAAGAACUCAAAAGAUAAUGCCUCCGCGCGGCUGUGGUCGUCCGGAGUCGACGAUAACAUAGUACACCAGCACGAAACAAGAACAACUCCUGGAGGGAAGCAGACUCAGACAGAACUUCUCGAAGAUGAAGACUGUAGUUCCACCGAACAGCGAGGAGAAAAGCCGCCCCCUUCCGAGCCGGAGAAGUAUCUUCCAACAGAAGCACAACAACAGACCAUUAAAAACCUUCUUCUCGCCUAUCAGGCCAUUCCAGCUGCAGCCACAGUAUCAGCCACCCCCUUGGCCGGCGCCGCAGCUGUGGCCCGUGCUACUGCUGUUACGUCCUCGGCGAAGCGCUUCACGCAGGGAAUGACCCUGUUCGUGUUCACACUGCUGCUAUCGGUCGAGUAUGAACUGCACAAGUAUCGUACUAGUAUACAUUGCAAUACAAAUUGGCUCAGCAUUACAAAUUGAAUUUGUCAUGCGGAUUUGCCUUAGGAACUAGAUUUGUAAUGCAUAAAUACAAUUAGUACGACUUUUACACAGGAUAUCGAGUUUGAAGAAGAGGAGGCAUACUUUUGGUUGUUGCUCUUCUUUCUGGAGCAGACGAUUCCCAACUGCUGCGAGCGCAUACUCCUGACGAUGAAGGGCGAGGCCAGUCUUCUGCUCCCGAGGCAAGAGGUCACCACCGCGCCGGCGUUUGCCGUUCCGCCGCUGCUGGUAUCGAGCGGGGCAGGACGAGAGGGUCGAGAACAAAAGGCGGAAAGUAGAGACAGAGGAACUUCUAUCCAGGAAAAAACACCCAUCUCCAUCCAAUUUGUAACUGUAAUGCAAAACAUGCAUAAACUCCACUAUUUGUCAUGCAAAAAAUGGAUGGAGAUGGGUGCUUUUUCCUGGAUAACUUCUAACCGACGGGCCGCCCCCGCAGAGCCGGGGGCAGAGCACGACGACGGGGGACGACCCGGACCACCUCCACGAAGAGAUAUUUUCAGUACUAGUCCCACUGCAACAGAAGUUGAUGUAAUAAUGGACAAGCACGCUGAAUUUUUCGACGAUGAUCUCCUCGGGGACAACGAGAGCGACCAUCUCCGCUGGGCGCAACGGGACAUGCAAACUUGCUACCGGGAAUUCGUUUCUGAUCUUCGAGAGAGAUGCCAACAUCAGAUCCAGAGCUACCCCGAGAAGUAUAAGGCAGAGUGUGCUGGGUGGAAGAGGACGAACUUUUAUCCCUGCACGGAAUUUUUAUCCCAGUCAGUGCCGGCGGCGCACCAGAGAAACGACACUUCUGAGGACCCCUUUCUGUUUGGCGGGGGGCGAGUGCGAGAAGCUGAUUAUGACGCAGGCAAUCUUCCGAAUUACAACUCUCCUGCUGAAAGAACUACUGUAGAACAUGCACAAAUGUCAUUACAGCCCUCGCCGCAAGCACAAGCCGCAGCGCCCAGCAGCGGAAUGACGAUCGCCGGCGGCAUCCACAUGGUUUUCGCUGCGCCUUAUCACUUCAUAUCCGGCAUUUCUGGGCUGGUAACGGGAGGAGCAUCGAGUUCGACCUCGUCGAGGCCGCUAGAAGCAGGAGCUUCUUGUUCGGCAGGAGGUACUACAGCCUCCCCUGGGGAGGGGGCGUUGCACGGCACUGAGGGCGGCGGAAAGAAGGCGCUCGAUCUGGUACACCAUUUUCAACGCAAGCGAUACAAGGACAGAGUCCCGCUCUCCAGCUCGUCGGGCUCGAGUAGUUCUGAGGAGAGCAGUCGCGGUCGCGAGGAACAGAGAAGUCAUUUGAACUACAACGGACGAGAUGACCGAGAGCAGGAUGAUGAACUUGAACGCGCCGAGCGUGAGCCGAGAAGUUUCGGCAGGACUAAGACAGGGGACGGAGCUGCAGGAGCAAACACAAAGUUGUUCCCAGGUCCCAGCUCUUUUGGCCUUGAGCUUCGGCGGCUGUUUUCUCCCGAUUUGGUGAAAGAGUACGCACCGAUCUUGUUCUUUGCCGUCGCCGUCGCCUUAGUGCCGCAGAUGGAAUGCACUCUGUGUACCUGGGACAGCAAAACCGACGCACUUCUCUAUCAGGACGUAGGCAAAAGGAAAAACUAGUACAACGACCCACCAGUGCUGAUAUCGCGCAUGUACAAAAUCUGAUAACGGGAUAGAGCAGUGGUCCCGACAAACUCUGCAAAAAUAUCUUUUUCCAAUGCGUUUGCUCAAUCAUGUACGCGACUGAAGCAGCAACAGAGCAAUAUUGAUAAAUUGUACAAUCUUGCUUCAGCUGGAGGACCAUGCUCAUGCCUGUGCCAAAAACAGCACGUGGAUCUGUUGUGCCAUAAUUUGUACUUGCGCGAAUAAACUCUUUUUGUCUGUGCAUACAACGAGCACAAUUCGUACCUGAGCUCGUCUCACGAGAGUAACUCCUUGCUAUCCUCGAGCUACGGGGGCCGAGUGGGGGGCGGCGGAAUAACACAUCUCGACCUAACUAGUCCGCUGAGCUGCUGCGGUGCUGCUGCUCCUCGUCCACUGCGCAGCAGAGAUAGAGAUAGCACAUCAAGCAGUAGCAGUCCCGGAAAAAGAGCAAGUCUGCGCCCUCUGAAAAAUCUCGAUUUUUGCAGGGCAAACAGUCCGGCUCCGUCGUGCUUGGGAACUGCUACAUCACAAAAUUCACAGUCACAAGAUCGUGGUGCAGGAGCGCCUUCAACACUGGGAGGAGGUGCAGCUUUCUGUCCCUCGUCGGCCACAAGACGGGAUGAUGUAGUAGAUUUUACCAAGAGCUACGACGUACUCGACCAGGCCGCUACAGCGAACCCCCUUACCACCAGCGGGGACCACCUCCUUCGGCGCACCUUGCGAAACAAGCAGGACAAAAAUCUCAUCGUUCUGCACGGUUGGGGACUGAGGCCGGAGCGCGCGUUGCGGCACCGCGUGUUUGUCAAGCUCUUUCAGAAGGCUGCCGGCUCGUUUCCGCAGGACGAAAAUGCAAGGGACGACGACCGCGAACUCUCUCUCCGGCUGUCGCCCGUGUGGCUGAAAGUUUUCUCCGGCCUGUGCACGCAGCUCCUCGACGCGGGCGGGUUGCGGUUAGUGCUGGACUACGCUACUAAGGUUGGGUAUGAACGGGCACUGAUGGCCGUGACCGUCAUCAUCAUAGAGAUGGUGUAUACCGAGUUCAUUGGGAGGAAUCGUAAAGAAGAAAGAACAAGAAAAAGCAGUAGUACUAGAGAGACAAGGCGGGGAGCUGCGUGGAAAGACGCGCAUACUACAACUACCCCUGGCAUUGGCGCCGGUAGUUAUGAAGAUAAUUAUGAAAGCGAAAGCCAGCCGCUUUUUGGACAGUUCCAUGAAACGCAACCGACAUCCACAUCAGAGAUGUUGAUGACUCUAAACCAGCAACAGCAAAAUACCCCGUCCUCCUCGUCCACUGAUCACUUUUUCGACGCAAGUCCAGAACAGCAGCAACGCCGGCGGCGCCACGAAGAGCAGCUAUUCCACUCGCCGAUGGCGUCCGGGCUUGACCGGAUGGCCCUCUUGGCUCCUGACCCACAAGACGCGGAACGGCUGUGGCGCCUGCACAUUGAAAAAGAGAAGCAGGAGAAACUGGCUGCUCGACUCGCGGAAGUAGAAGCUCAGGUUAAGGGUGGAAAAAGAAGACGAGAGCAAGAAUUUUACCGUGUUGAAUCGGGUGAAGAGCAGGUAGAGGCUGUAGAUGACCCGCAUUUCCUGGACAACAUCCUCCCCGACGCGGAGGAGAUUUUUUAUUCGACCUUUUUCAACAACGAGGAGGAUCAGGGAAUAGAGAAUGAGACUUCAGCAGGACAAGUAGAAGCAGGUGCUGGAGCUCAAAACCAAUUUGCAGCCCACCCCGCGGCCCACAACCUCAUCACCGUGAGCAGCAGCGUGUCGCUCCCUCCCGCCGGCCGAAAUUCCUUACCCCAAGAACAGGAGCCCCCGCACGACGGUCCUCACCAAGGAACUUCUACGCCGCGCCACUUCGAAAACAUGGAUCAGGACGCAGCGGCACCUGAUCCACCGUCCACGCCUCGGCGGGACGUUAGCAUUAACAAUCCUCCAGACGACGAUCCCAUGCAGGUGGAGGAGUUGACCGAGGAACUGCUCCAAAUUUUUUCCUCCUCUUCCCUUCAACCUUUUCUCAAAAAGCAAACGAAACACUGGCACAGCAAGGACUGGGUGCAGAACCUGGAGCGCGCGGGCACCUGGUUGGGCGCGGAUCUGGCAGUAUAUCGGCAGCCGCCGCUGCGCUUCGACGAAAGUGGAAAAGUGGUCGGGAUCGAGGUGCAACAGUUCAAGCAAGAACUGGAGUACCACCGAGUGCGCGCGGCGUACGGAUUGGACCCGACCAGACUGCUGCGAUUGUAGUUCCAUUUGAAAGUAGCUGCAUUAGUUUGAGAACGAAGUACUUACUGAUAUGACACGUGGAAUGAAGCAGUUGCAGAGUGAGAGAGUAGACCAGCACCUUCUCAAGAGAAAAACGUCGUGCUACUUGUAAAUGGCCCUCUUCCUCGUGCUCUUUUCGAGCAGCUUCAAUGCCGUAAGACAAAGACAGCCCGUACAGGGUGGCAAAAAAAAAUGUUCUUUUGAGGUGGAGCCUAGCUUCAGCUUUCCUUCAGCAACACAACAACCAUUACUCCUCAUAAGCUUGACUUUUUGUUUUUGAUAUACAUGCGUUUUGUCGUGUUAAUGUGAAGAUAAGUCCUCGAAUUUGUUUCAUUUGCCUAAGUUUUUGUGAAGAGCACGCUUCAACAUCAUCUCGACAAAUCAGACAGGAAGUGGUAUAUAUCUUUUCAUUUUUGGUUUGUGGGGGCAAAGAAAAUUUAGAGGAAUUUCGAAAAUAAGGUACAGAUAUUACACACUAGGAAAGUAAAAUUGGAAUUCAUCCUGAGAACACAAAAUCUUGAAAAGCAAGAAGCCAUUUAUGUGGGUGUUGUUUAUUUAUUCAUCUUCAUCUUUAAUCUCGUUCUCGUCAUCAUGAACUACAGAAGGAACUUCGUCCACAAGAAUGUUUUACCGAAGACCCGCUAUUGCUAACCGCAGACGAAAUAGUUUUGGAGAACUGCUCUUUUGUCUGACAACGACUAAAUGCAAAUCCGAUACAUGAGAGAUAUGAUUGCACCGUCCCGCCCUACCCUGCUCAUCCGCGUC